AUGGCUCAGGCGUGCAGGGCGCUGCCGGUGACAUCGCGGGCACCGUGUGGCCCCGAAGCCUCCCCGAGCCGCAGAGCAGGGAGAGCUUUGCCAAGCCUUGCCUCCAUCCCACCUGUCCAGUUCAACAGGAACGGCGCGGUCCGAGUUCGGGAGCGUUUGGACAGCGCCUCGGGCCAGGACGGUGCCGGAGCCCCGCAGAGCAUGAGGGACCGGCUGGCGGAGCUGCAGCAGCGAGUGGCGGCCGAGGGGGACCCGCACGACGACUCCCUGCGCUUCGACAACCCCGCGUUCGUCGGGGACGACGCCAGCCCCGUGGGCCGGGCGCUGCGGGAGGCGGCCGAGCUGUGGCGGGCGCUGGAGCGGCUGGAGCAGCUCUCGGAGAGCAUCGACAGGACGCAGCAGUCGGUGCUGUGCUGCACCUCGGAGGAGAGCAUCGCCCGCGAGAAGAGCGGCCUCGGAGCGGCCCGGGCCGCCUUCGCCCGCCAGGCCGCGGCCCUGCAGCCCCGGCUGGGAGCGCUGCCGGCGGCCCCGCUCGGGGGCUCGGGGCGAGCGGGGCCCCGCGUCCGCCAGACCCAGCUGUGGCUGCUGCUGCGCCGCUACGGCGCCGUCCUCGCCCGCCACUACGCCCGGGAGAGCCGCUACCGGCACCGGCUGAAGGAGCAGAUCCAGAGGCAGGCGGAGCUGGCGGGCAUCAACCUGGGCGCCCAGGACGUGGAUCUGCUGGCCGAGAGCCCCCAGGGGCCUCGCAUCGUCGGCCGCGACCUGGAGGAGCUGAAGGCCAAGCAUCACCUGGGCCUGGCCCAGGCGCGGCAGCGGCAGCUGCUGGAGCUGGAGGCGCAGAUGCUGGAGCUGCGCGGGCUGUUCGUGCAGCUGGAGGGGCUGCUGGCCCAGCAGCACGGCGCUGCCGACAGCGUGGAGCAGCACGUCCUGCGCACCCUGGACUACGCGGCGCAGACGGGCGGCGGCGUGAAGAGAGCCGCCAAGUACCAGCGGCCGUCGCGGCGCUCGGCCCUGCUGAGGGCGGCUCUCGGCCUCUGCUCCUGCUGCCCCUGCCUGCCCUGCCCCGGCCGCGGCCUGCGCUGA